UCUGGUGUCUCCAGUUUGGAAAAGCACAUGCAAAACUGAUCGGAAGCCAUCCCACUUAUCAGCAGAUCUCCUACGAGUGUUUGGUAAAGGCUCUGCCUGUCUGCACAGGUCGCCUCUCUCGGGACUCCGGGCCUGAACGGCGGAGCCAGCCCGGGCCCCUGCAGCCCAAAGGUUACGGCCGCGGGAGCCCUGGAGGCGGCGGCGGCCCAGGAAGGAGCUGCAGCGCCGGGCUUUUCUUGCUCUUGCAAAACCCAUAAACAUUUCUUAAACAAAUCCACAGCCAGAAAUUUAUGCUGCAUUUUUAUUCGGGAAAGGACCAGGAGGAGAAGAGUGUCAUCUCCUAGGAACCCAGCACUGGAGAAACGUGAGUCUGAAGGAAAAUUCUUCCAAGGAUGGUCUCCCACUCAGAGUUGAGGAAACUUUUCUGUUCGGCAGAUGCAGUCUGUUUUGAUGUUGACAGUACAGUUAUCAGAGAAGAAGGAAUCGAUGAACUGGCCAAAAUCUGUGGAGUUGAGGAUGCUGUGUCAGAAAUGACACGGCGAGCCAUGGGUGGGGCAGUGCCUUUCAAAGCUGCUCUCACAGAGCGCUUAGCGCUGAUCCAGCCCUCCAGGGAACAGGUGCAAAGGCUCAUAGCAGAGCACCCCCCACACCUGACCCCCGGCAUAAGGGAGCUGGUAAGUCGCUUACAAGAGCGAAAUGUUCAGGUUUUCCUAAUAUCUGGUGGCUUUAGGAGUAUUGUAGAGCAUGUUGCUUCAAAGCUCAAUAUCCCAGCAACCAAUGUGUUUGCCAAUAGGCUGAAAUUCUACUUUAAUGGUGAAUAUGCAGGUUUUGAUGAGACACAACCAACAGCUGAAUCUGGUGGAAAAGGAAAAGUUAUUAAAUUUUUAAAGGAAAAAUUUCAUUUUAAGAAAAUAGUCAUGAUAGGAGAUGGAGCCACAGACAUGGAAGCCUGCCCUCCUGCUGAUGUUUUCAUUGGAUUUGGAGGAAAUGUGAUCAGACAACAAGUAAAGGACAAUGCCAAAUGGUAUAUCACUGAUUUUGUAGAGCUUUUGGGAGAACUGGAAGAAUAAUAUCAAUUUUUAUACAGCUCAUAACAACUUCGGAUUCAUUUUUAAAAGUUAUCCAGAUUGAUACGGUUUGCUUACAAUUGCCUAUUACAACUUGAUAUAUAAAGUUGGUACUGAUUAUCUGUACUUUUAAGUAAACUACAGUUAGGAAUCCUAGAAGAUUUUUUUUUUUUAACUGUCGUUCCAAUAUUAUUAUGACCAUUGAUUUCCUGGAGAGUUUUAUA